AUGAACGCACACGCAAGUUCGUCCGUAGGAGACGUGGAACUAGCUACGAUCUCGAGCUUCAGGACACAUACGCUCGGAGCGACUCCGGACAACAAGUCUGUCGCCUCUAUUAACGAAAGGCCAUUGGAGAGUGCUCGUUCAGCAAGUCCACAAGCACCAGCACCUCAAGAGCAGUCAAAUGAAGUCCCGGACGGUGGAUACGGAUGGGUCAUUGUUGCAGCAUGCAGUGUGAUCAUGUCGUUCGCCGUCGGGAUUACCUACUCCUGGGGUGUCAUCCAGAACUCUCUCACGCAACAAAACCUCGCCCCAGACGGCACCCUCGCGUUCAUCGGAUCCACAUCCACUUCAUUCAUUGCGUUUGCGGCCUUCCUGAAUACACGUAUCAUCCGAUGGGUCGGGACACGGAACGCCGGUCUGAUCUCUAUCGCAUUGCUCGCGCUCGGACAGAUCUUGUCCAGCUUUUCGACGAAGAGCGUUGGUGGCCUGUUCGUCACAAAUGGGAUCUGCACUGGUUUUGGUACAGGGUUGGGAUUCAUGACAGCGAGCGCUCUUCCUGCGCAGUACUUCUUGCGCCGGCGCGGUCUCGCAAACGGCUUCGUGUAUGCCGGAGGUGGAAUCGGCGGCGCAGUUUGGUCGCUUUUCCUGGACAAGAUGAUUGCGAAGGUCGGGAUAGCAUGGGCGUUCCGUGCGCUUGGGUUCAUCGUACUUGGGCUUGGUGCUCCAGCCGCGAUGCUCCUGCGUGAGCGCACGCGCCGUGCUUCGCCUAAUCUCGAGCUUCGUCUAUUCGCAGACUGGAAGUUCGCGUUGCUCUUCCUCGGUUGUGCAAUCGGCACAUUCCCUCUACUCGUCCCGGCCUUCUUCUUGCCCGGCUACGCCAGCACGCUCGGCACGUCGACAUUCCUUGCCUCUCUACUCCUCGCAGUAUUCAAUCUCUCCUCUGCCGUCGGGCGUAUCGGCUUCGGCAUGCUGUGCGACCGCAUAGGCCCGAUCACUUCGCUUGUCGCCGCACUGGCUUGUACCGCCGUCAGUAUGCUCGCUAUCUGGCCAGCGAGCAAGAGUCUGGCACCGUUCGUGGUGUUCGUUGUACUCAACGGAGCCGGAAAUGGAGGCUUUUUCUCGACGGUGCCUAGCGUUGUCGGGCAUGUAUAUGGAUCACAGCGUGUGGCGAACGCUCUGGCGAUGCUGGUUUCUGGAUGGGCGUUCGGGUAUCUUCUGGGUGCUCCGAUUGCUGGUUGGAUCCUCAGCGCGUAUGGUGGCUCUCAGGCUGGGCUGGUCGCUUUCCGACCCGCGAUCUAUUAUGCGGGUUCACUAUCCGUGGCGGCCACUUUACUCGUACUCGCGGUCCGCCAGCUCGUUCUCAAGAAUUGGAAGGUGUUUGUCUUCGCAUAA